AUCUUAAUAAAAAUUUUACUAUAUUUACAAACAUAUUUAAUGGAUUUAAAUUAUAACAAAAACCCUUAAAAAUUCUUUUUUUUUUCUUCAUUCUCAAGUCAAAUUCUGAAUCAAUUUAUGUAAAUCUCACGAAUUUUCUAAUAUCUUGUCUUACAAGUAUCUUGACCACGCCUAUUUUCAUUCCCCAUGAGAAUUCUUUCACUGCGCGUCCUGUAUCGCGCUAAGGGGUCGGGUCACUUAUGAAUCAUCUCCGCGAUGUUAGAACAACAACCCUCUGACAAUUUUGACAUUUUCUCAGUUGACUUUAUUUAUCUUUUCGGUGAUUUAGCGUGAAAAAUCUACCAAUUAGAAUCGCCUGCUGACGAAAAGACUGCCCACAGACACGUCCCGGAUACGGAACAAUUAGGAGUGAUUGUGGUUUAAUUGGAAAUUCAAUGCAUUAACAGGGUAAAUGGGCAAAAUGUUUCCUGCCGCCCAACAGACUAUAUCAAUGUGGUGCGAUGUGUGUUGAGAAAUCCGACGAAUUCACCAGAGAGAGAAUUCCAGUGAUGCUCAAGAUUGAUUCUCGCCUAUUCCUCUGGACGCUCUUCAUACUGCAACUCUUCCUCAUUGCCGCCAUUCUACACUUCAGCAUCAUUUCUGGGCCUCCACGCGAGACAUCCCUCGACACUGGCAUCAAGUUCAUCAGCAAGUACGACAGAAAGACUCGCAGGCCAAGUCAAGUCAAUCAGGAUGUUGUUCUGCAGCAGCUGGGAAAUUUCACCAGAACUUUUGCUGAGACACCGUACAGGAGCGUCGUGAGAAGGCAGCCGCUGACGUGCUUUCGCGAGGGCACAGUGACGGACAGCGAUGGCUCAGUGGAGGUGGACUUUAACGACACCGAGGACGUGAAGUGCCGAUGCCGUGCGGAGUGGCACGGACCGGAUUGUGGACAGCCAGAGGUGAUUUGGAGAGCCUUUGUGGCCGGUAAAAUUCCCCUCAACUUCUCCCUUUCACACACCGUGAGACAUCGCCUGAUUUACUUCAUCCAAACCACCUCAGCUGGCCAGCAAAUGCUGGAGAUCCAGAUACUGGACCUGAUUGAUAUCGUGGAGUUGUUUGUCGUGUGUGAUCUCAUGGAGAAGAUGACAUACAAGCACUCAUCUCUCUUCAGCGCCCACCGUAAUCGCAUCCUCCUGCAGCACCACCGAGAAUGUACCCCAGCCGACAUGUACGAGAAUCUGCCGAAGAGCGUCGCUCUGCGGGAUGACGAUGUGAUCAUUUACAGUCCUUUGGACGGGGUGUUCAACCGAAAGGCCAUCAACUACUUCAAGUGGUACGAGAAUUGGCCGCAGCCCGUGCGAUUCCGCCUCAAGUACAACGUCUACGGCUUCUUCUGGCAGCAUCCGGACAGCACAGUUCUCGGAGGAUUCGCGUGCUAUCACAGCGUCUUUCAAGACCAUUCCAGAGACACCCUCAAUCGCGUCCUGGGCCAGGAGAAGCCAGCUAUGAUCGUGGGCGACCUGAAUCACUAUGGAGGUUGGCUCUGCAAGUUCUGCGCUCAACCCAUCGACAUCGUGAAGCGCCUUGAGUAUGAAUUCCAGCAUGAACACUUUACCUUCGAUGGCAACAGCCGCAAAAUCAUCGAUGUGGCCUACGUGCAGAGUCUCAUCACCAAAGGACUGUUUGUGGAUGGCAAGAUGCAGCUGAACAAGGUGCAGCGCUUCGCUGAGAAAUACUACACGCCCUUGUACGUGGAGCAGAACAGCUGGAACUUCGACAACAUCCUCACCAAUAUCUACGCCCACUGGGAGGACGACAGUGACGAUGAGUAUUUGUAGAGACAUUGGGCAUUAUCAUGCUUAGAAUUUAUAGAGUUAAUCAAUGCCUGCGCGUAGAGUAAGUUAAGAAUACUCGGCCAAAAUGAUAAUUAUUCAAAUGCAAAUGCUCGCGCUUCGCGGUGAAGAGACGUCAGAAACAGUCAGUAAUGAAACUGUGAUAGUCCAGAGAGAGAGAGAGUGAGAGAGGGAGUUUGGGGGAGAUCAAGAAAAAAGGGUGACAUGUAAGAUUGAAACUGAUAGCACUUAUCAACAUUGUAUGGGAAAGUCAGAAGAGCACAAGUCAAUAUACAGGUUCUAGAGACAAUUUAUGUAAUAAGAGACAAGCAUGAGAUUUUAAAUAUGUAAAUCCUUUUUGUAAAAUCAUUGUGUAUUGAUGCCUUAUUUCGCAGAAUGAAGAACGAUCAAUCAAGACUGUCGUUAUAUUAGUGUAAAGAGUAAAUUUUUCGUUUAUCAUUAUCAUAACUAGACCUUAUAACUGAUGAAGUGGAAUCAUAGGAGAAUAUUUUACGUGAAUAUCCUUUUUGUAAAAGUGAGUUGUACCAUAACGAUAUUCUUCCAAAUAAAAACAACCACGGUAAAAUGA